AUGAGACAAAUUGGACGAAAUCAUAGCUGGAUUGGGCCUUUUGUUGAUUGCUGGUUGGACAUGGAAGAUCCCUCUCUUGAAAUGACCCGGAAAUGGAUACAAAGCCUGUCAGAUGGGACUUCUGCUGGUCGUCAUGAGGUUGAGACUUUCACCUCCAGAGGUAUCCAGCUAGUAAAGGCACACAAAGGUCUCCUCCUUUGUGACUUGAUCAUACGCAGUGGCUUUUUGGACGAAAAUGGAAAUUGGCAUGUUAGUGCAAUAGCAACAUUAGUUGACAUUCUUGCAAAUUUUGCCUCCUACACCCUUACCUCAUGUUACCAGGUCACUGUUGAUUUCAGUAUCUCAUACUACUCAACGGCAAAGGUUCAGGAAGAGGUUGAAAUAGAGGCGAAGGUUGUAGGAAGGAAAGAUGAUUUGACUUCUGUGAUUGUGGAAGUCAAGAAAAAGCAGAAUGGAGAAUUGAUUGCUCUGGGAAAGCUGUGGACUGCGGUGGCUAAAAAGGAUUCAAGACACCAAGCGAGUAAACUCUAA